AUGCGAGGAUGGGAUAAGAUAAUUGCUUACGCAGAUGACGAGCUCGAUCUUCUAUUACUCGGUAAAACUGGCAAUGGUAAAAGUUCUACAGGCAACAUGAUUUUAGGUCGUGAUGUUUUUAAAGAAGCCUCAAGCUCUAAGUCAGUAACACAACUUGUUUCAUCGGAAGUUACCAUAUUUGAUAACCGCGUCAUUAAAGUUGUUGACUGUCCUGGUGUCGGUGACACGGUAGCAAUACAUGAUAUUGAGCAGGCGGCAGAGCUUGCAAUCAACAGCAUGAAAAAUGCGAUUACGAUAAAUCCACAAGGCUAUCAUGCUUUUCUUAUUGUGGUUAGAUACGGCGCUAGGUUUACAAAGGAGGAUUUUGAAUGUAUUCGUCUGUUGAAAAAUAUAUUCGGUGUUGACUUUGUGAAACAAUUUGGUAUCACUCAUGGAGGCAAACGCUACAGCUUACAAAAUUUUAGCAUCACAGAAAAUUCAAGAAAAGUAAUUUUAGUAGAAGCAAAAUAUCCCAAAAUACGCGAGAUAGUAUUGAAUCAGCUCCGAUUGCUUUUGACUGAUUUUGAAAAAAGUAAAGAUUUAGAUGAUCAUGCAAAUCAAAAAUCAAUAACUCAGGAUCUUGUUAGAAAAACUGAAGAGCUCCGUGAAUAUUUAGUUUCUCAGGAUAACAAGACUGGUGCAUUGGCUGAUCUUAUCACACAGAUAGAUCAAUAUAAAGACAUGUUCGAUGAUAGGAUUACUAUUUUAACAGAGGUUAUUACAUCAGAUAAAAUGUUUGAACAAGAAAGGAGUGCGCACCAAGAAAAAGAAGAACAUUUGAAUAAAAAACUUUACGAGUUAAACAUAGAGAAAAAUCGUGAACACAAGAAACAUGAGGAUGAAAAAAAAAAAUAUGCAGCUUGA